ACACGCGCUACAAGAAAUCGCCUUUACUUUCGGUUUGAUUGGAUUUGUUUGUUCGCUUGAUUAAUUUCCAUUUUCCUCUGACUAGAAGAGUUGAACAUGAAGUCUGUCGUUUUGUGGAAGUUUUGGUCUGUUUUGGUCGCGCUUAUUGAUGUUUAUGUUGUCGGUGUAGAUGAAGUGUCGGUGAAGGAGGGGGAUUCAGUCACACUACCCACUGAUGUUACAGCAGACCAGCAUGAAACCAUUAAAUGGUUUGUUAAUGACACUAGAAUCGCUGAAAUCAGUACAGAUGUGAGAUGUACAGAUGUUCAGUGUAAUAAAGGCACCGAGAGAUUCAGAGACAGACUGGAGCUGGAUCCUCAGACUGGAUCUCUGACCAUCACGAACACCAGAACCACAGACUCUGGACUUUAUUUUCUAGAGUUCAUCAGCGUUGGUAGACACCGUGAAAAGACCUUCAACGUUACAGUUCAGGGUGCUCCUGCUGCAGAACGAGGUGAAAUUAAGGGAACAUCAGUGAAGGACGUAGAAUCUGGUCUCUCUUCAGCUGAAGUAGGAGGAAUUGUUGCUGGUGUCCUGUUGUUUGCCGCCGCCGUUUUUGGUGCUGUUUAUUAUCACAAGUGUCAUCAAAGAGGGCAAUAUAGAAUCAGGACACGGCGUGAUCAGGUGAGAUACUCUGAAUUUACAACAGAUUCUCGGUGCUCUGCUACUUCUUCAGUGUAACAUCAGGAGCAGAUCUUCAUAUUAGUGACAAGAAAAAUCUCCUCGGCAACUAACUAAAGUUACAUUUUUUUUGUAAAAAAUAUUUUUUUAUUUUUUUCCAUUUCCAUUGAUUGUAACUUAUUUUUAGGUUACAAAUGUUACUUUUUUUUUAAGGUUUUAGCUUAGUUAGCUGCCAUUACACCGGUCAGGUUUACGUGUCACCACUGAAGCAUAUCUUCACAGAUGAGACGAUUUCUGAAUUUUUACUAAUCCAGGUCUCCUGUACUUUUUGUAUUGUGUAACCGAAACUUCAAUCUCGUUAAUAUCUUUUAAACAGGUGACUUGUGUAACGUUCACCAUAAAUGACAGCCAAUAACAGUCUGCUAAGGAGCUGUCCCAUAUCGAAAAUCAAAUGUGAAUGGCAGGUCGACCCCAGGGAGUGAAAGGCACUGGAUACCGUAUUUUUGCGGUUACUGUAAAAGACAGUUACAUAUGUUUCAAAUGUGUAUGACUUUUUAAAUAUUUCAUCAAGAAAGCAUGUAAUUAAAUAUGAGAGGCAUAGCUUUUUAUUUGCCCACCAGCUACUAAAGUAUCAAACUAGUUAACAAGCAUUAACCGUUUCAAAUUAACUGAUUCGUUUUAAACUUUUUUUUUUCAGUAUUUUUCAAUUUUUUCUUUUAUUUGUAAAUGGACAGUGUUGAAUGUAGUUACACUGGUGUUAAGCUUUAAAAAAAAGUAUACAUUUUUAAAGGUUAUUUUUAUGGCUUUUUUAUUUUAUGUUGGUCAAAAUGUUGUCAUCUUCAUAGAGUUAGUAACUAUAGUAUUAAUUAAUAUUUAAACUAAUAUUUAAAUUUAAACUAUUAAUAUUUAAACUUGAAUUGUUGAUGAAAUGUGAUAAAUUAUGACCUGCAAUUUAGUUAUUAUAGUUAUUAUUUCAGUUUAGUUAUAAUUUUUUUAUAUUUAAUUUUUGCACAGAAUUCUGAGAAGGGAGGUCUACUUGGUUUUGGAAGAUAAGUAUAAACAGUAAAGAUUUAUUGAAUACGUAUUUAAUCAUUAAUAAAUAUUGAAUAACAUUAAUUUUAAAUUAUAAAUGCACACACCAUAUUGCCUCAAGUAUCUUUUAUAGCUUGGACUUUUCUGUUUUAAUUAUUAUAUUUUUUAUAUUGUAAGCUUUCAAUUUGUAUUUUUAAUGAAAAUAAACAAAAAAAAAUAUUGUAAUG